AUGGACGGUGUGAAUUUAACAAAUCCUCCUCUCCCUCCAGGCUUCAGAUUCCACCCCACUGAUCAAGAGCUAAUAAUACAUUACCUGAAGAAGAAGGUCUCUUCUUCCCAAACUCCAGCAUUCUCUAUAAUCGCAGACGUAGAUCUCUACAAAUACAGUCCAUGGGAACUCCCUGGGAAGGCUUUCUUUGGAGAGAGUGAGUGGUUCUUCUUUAGUCCAAGAGAUCGUAAGUACCCAAACGGAGCUCGGCCAAAUCGAUCGGCUGGGACCGGUUACUGGAAAGCUACUGGAACUGAUAAACCAAUCCUUGCAUCGUGCGGAUCACAGUGCCUAGGCGUGAAGAAAGCUCUGGUGUUCUACAAUGGUCGCCCUCCCAAGGGCGUGAAAACAGAUUGGGUGAUGCACGAAUAUAGGCUCCUUGAGGGCAGCCCUGGCUCUCAAAGGCUCAAGGGAUCCAUGAGGUUGGAUGAUUGGGUCCUAUGCCGAGUUCGUCAAAAAAGCCACAUACCAUUACAAAUCGGAGAGAAACAUGAAAUUUCACUCAGUAACUCCCAUUUAUCAGAUAUUCAAUACAUGGAGAAACAAGCCAUGAGAAAGAGAAAUGAUUUAUUCGAAGAGAGCGAUUACAAAGUGCUAGCUUACCUCAUGAGCUCUCAAGAUGGUUUUGGUGCAUGUGACAACCUAAAUCCAAGCUACCCAAGGCCCACCAAAGCAUCAAAUCUGGACGUUGGUUCUCAAGGAGUAGGCAGCCUGCAACUACCCAAUGUUUCUUCAGUCCAACUCAUGCGGUCAUUCUCCUUUGGAGGUUUGGAUGAAUACAUGUUGCCACCGAGUAAGAGACUUAAUAUGAGUGGGAGCAUGGAUGAACUAUCUCCUACUGAAUCCACCUCUAUCCCUUCAUGUUUCUCCGAUUUCAUGGUGUAGUUAUCCGCCUUUUUUUGGGUCCCUUUGAAGUGAAAAUGAAGGGUGAUGAUCCA